CAGCCCCUGCUUGCCUGCAGCCCGCAUGCCUGGCUGGCCCCUGGCCCAGCUCUGGCCCCUGGCCCUGUCCGUGCUGUGGGCCCCGCUGUGCCGGCCACAGGCCUGUGAGUGGCUCGUUCGACUCAGCGCCCUCGAGAAUCUGCACGAGUUCCACUGGAGCCUGGAGAAGCAGCAGCCGGUAGCCAGCGUGCAGAGAGUGAUGGAGACACUGACUGACCAGGCUGUGGAUCCACUGGACCAGAAAGCAGUCUCCUCUGUGCUGUUUCAGGAGGAUGAGCCUGUUGUCACGGUGAGAUUCCAGGAGCCCCCCACCCUGUCCGUCAGAAGCCUGAGAGGGCUGGAGGCGGUCUUGACUGCAGCGCCGCUAUUGGACGAGGUCAGCUGUCACAGUGAGGUGUGUUCUAUGGGCUGGUACGUCCCCUUUCCACUCCUAAACGGGUCAGUGGUCUACCGGGUUCUGGUCCAAACCAACGGGCUGGGCCGGCACAUACCGGACAAGAGCUUUGCCAUGAAUGUGGACGGCUACGUGAGACCCAGCAAAAGCUCGCCCGGCCUGAUGGAGAGGUCGUUUGGGACGGAGGUGGUGGCCCUACCCUCGAUGAUGAGGAGCCUGCACCCCUCUCGUCCGCUGUGGUUCGUUCGGCCCGUGACGCCGGUCCUGGUUCUGGGAGGAGUCCCCAAUAACAAAGCGGUGCUGGUGUCAUCCACCGAAUUCAGACACUCAACACUGGUGGAGGUGAGUAUCGAUAGCUGCUGGGUGGGGUCACUGAGCUGCCCACAGGCAAGCUUCUCCUCCACGAUCCAGGAUGUGAUCUCCACCGAGAGCGCAGUCUUCAUCCGACAGAACCAGCUGGUGUACCGAUUCACUGGAGACUUCGCACUGCUGCCCCUUACAGAGAAGCCCUCCGGUACAGAGAUACACAGAGCAGAGAGACAGCGAGAUAAGUUCUGGACCCGCAUGUUUAAAGGGCUGUGUGUGGAGAGACUGGUCCCAGUGUACUUGCCCUUCAAUGGAAAGGAGUAUUUCUAUGUGGUGGGAGGAGGCUGGCAGGGUGGAUACAUCUACUCAGUAGAACUACAGGAUGGGUCUAUAUAUAGCUAUGAUAUUGUUGACCAAGGUGGAAAGAGGCCCUGCGACUUUGUGGAACCUCCCUGCAAGAUUGUGUGGGCAGCGCAGGAUCCAGUCUACACGCUGUCUGAUAUCAUUCUGAUCGAAAUGGACAGAAGCUUUAAGCUGGUCAAAUAUAGCAGAGACACUGCUGCCUUCAUGUUUCCCACCCCGCUCCCCACAUUCAUACCCAGAGAGCAGGGCUCUGGGUUCCUGAUCCUGACCGGCUCGGAGUCAUUCACCGACACACCGCUGGUCAUCAGAGGAGUCGAGUUCAACCCGUACAGCUGGCUGCUCAUUCUCUGGGGGAAUACGCUCAUCUGCUCAUACGAUAGUGCUGACACCUACAUGUUCUUCACUGGCUUCCCUGCCACUCAGAUGAUCAAAUACUUUGCUCUGUCCUUCCAAGGGGAGUUUACUUUCAUCACUGAGGAUGAGGAGGUGUGGUGGGGUUUGGAGGGGAACCCCCAGGUGGUUCUCUUGCGCCCCUCCCCUGCCUGGGACUCGCUGGUGAUGCUGCAGCAGCUGAGGGGCCCGGCCGCUGUGGAGCAGGAGAGCCUCCUCACUGUCUUCUAUAGCACAGAGGGGCAGCUGCAGGAGGUGGUGUAUACAGAGAGCGUAGCGGGGGUUGGCUCUGUGGCUAAGAGGAGGAUUCCCGUGUCUGAGCUCCUGUCUCUCCUCAGGUUCUCCUCUCACCUGCCCAGCAGCUCUGUCACACGGCAGGGUGGUCGUUUUGUGUUCCCCUCUCCCUGCCCUUUCCAGCGGAUGCGUUUUGAAAGCCUCCCUCCUCCCAAUCUGUUCAGCCGGAUCCAGCACUACCGGGCCGAGCCCCCCGAGGUUCUGGACCCUGCGGGCUUCUACUCGCCGAGCUCCCUCUCCAUCUACCACGGGCUCCUGUACCAGCUGCUGUGGCUGCACUCCCAGUACAACCGGCCCUACGGAGACCCAGUUCACGACCCAACCUGGCGCUGGUGGAAGAACAAAGCCAUGUACGAGGAUUACUACUCGUACCUGGCCAGUAACCGUCGCUCCAGUGGGGGGGUGCAUGUGGAGAUGAGGCACUACGCCAAGGAGCACAGGGGCUGGAGCCAGCACUCCCUCCCAGACCGGAUUUACCUGGACCGGACCAGCGCCUACCACUUCACAGUGUACCUGAGCCUGAGAGACCGGGCCCAGCUCCACGACGUGUCCAGCUUGCAGAAGAAGCUCAGCAGUGUCUGGCUCGCCACGGUCAUUUCAAACAUUGAUUACAUCAACAUCCUGGUGACUCGGCAGGAGCUCAUCAACAGAGGAGCCGUGCUGUACCAGAUCACGCUGGUCGACAGAGCGAAGAUUACAACACAGAGUCUGACAGGACUGAAUCUCAGGAGCUUCAGUUUCACACUGUCGGUGAUGAACGGAAUGAAGUCCUGCUACCAAGAGACUGAGUCCGGGCUGGAGCGGCAGGGUUACACUAUGCUCCCUGUCUCAGUGGGCUGCCCCCCUGGUCGCAGGAUAGCGUUUGACAUCACGUACACGCUGCAGUACACCAAGGAGACCAACAAGCGCUACUUCGACUGCCCGGACCCCGACCCGGAGAUGCCCUGCUUCUACUACGAGGACACUUUCUACCCUUUCUUCCAGAUCCAGGACAUGGUGUCAGGAGAUUCGGGGCAGUUCCUGGGCAGCUACACCUUUCUGAUCAUCGGCGGAGGCCCCUACUCCCUGGACAAUAUGAGACACUACAGUGAGGAGGAGAUCCUGAGAUACAACAGCCAGAGCCACAGUGAUAAGAUGGCUCUGAUCUGGACGAUGCCUGAAGGGAACGUCAACAAAACAGAGCAAGGCUUCUACAUCUUCCAGGGAACUGCCAACAGCGUGUGUGGCUUGUGGUCUCUCCUCUCGUUGUGUGUCUCUCCUCUCUUGCUGUGUAUCUUGCUGUGUAUCGUCUCUCCUCUGUGUCUCUCCUCUCCUUUGUUUGUGUCUCUCCUCUCGUCUGUUUGUGUCUCUCCUCUCCUCUGUGUCUCUCCUCUUGUCUGUUUGUGUCUCUCCUCUCCUCUGUGUCUCUCCUCUCGUCUGUUUGUGUCUCUCCUCUCCUCUGUGUCUCUCCUCUGUUUGUGUCUCCCCUCUCCUUUGUGUCUCCCCUCUCCUCUGUGUCUCUCCUCUCCUCUGUGUCUCUCCUCUCCUCUCUUGCUGUAUUGCUCCCUCUUGUUUUGCUGUAGCUGGAUUUGUCAGACUCGGUCUCCCUGCUCUGACGUCACUGCAGAUGGGCUCCGGGCUCCAGACUUCUACUUCUUUGUGGAGGUCUCUAACAGGGGAGUGGACACCAGCACAUACUGUGACUACAAGCUGCAGUUUGUGAUUCACAUCCACGGCCUGCCUCUCAACGCCUACAGAGGCCUCUUCUGCAUGCUGGUGACGAUGGGUAUUCUGUGCAGUGUGCUGUUCUGCUUCAUCCUCUAUCAGUGCUGCAGUCACGUGAUCUAUCAGAAAAUAACCGGAGUGAUCAACAACAUCAAGCACAGCAUGCUGCAGACCAGCGGCUCUGAGGUUUAUCACUCUGUUAGUGAGGAGACACUCCACCUUCCUCGAGGCAGCAUCGCUGUGCACAGAGGAUCCGUAAUGGCUAAGCCCCGUCCCCCUGGACUUGAUGCGCACCCCCACCACUGUGGAAUCUGAACAAAGAUUCUGCCACCCCACCCUCCCCUCAAAGCUGUUACAGUGCCCCCUGUCUGUCACUUCUUACAUAAAGACUCAAAGAAACUCUUCGCCUUCAAACCUUCCAGUUAUUGAUUUUUGAUCAGAAUUGAGAAGUCUUGUGUUUGCCAGUUUAUUUCAAGUUAUGUUAGUUCCAGUGUCUAAAAUCUGU